AUGUCGAAGGCAGAACGAGUUGCGAUGGGCGACUAUUGGACCAGUACAAUUGAAAAAGAAGGUGCUCUUAGAUCGUUAUGGUUUAGAAAAAAUGAGGAAAGAUUAAACGAAAUAGCGAACAAAAUUCCAUCUAGAAAAGUUAAUGAAGACAUUAAAGAAAAAAUAAAGCAGGAGCGAAUUGCAACUUUCCAAAACAUCAAAAAAUUUCCUAGGAUUAAAACUGAAGAAGUGGUGCCCGUUUUUGAAGGAAACCUUCAAGACAUUAUGAAGCCCGUAGAUCCUGCAGUUAAGAAGUUGAUUUAUACAGGGAGCAAUCAAGAUGGUCGCGUCAAUUAUUUGCAUCAAAGAGUUAAAUUGUUACCGGAAGACAGGUACUAUUUUCCAGAGUGCAAUAGUUGGGAGUAUGGCUGGAAAAUGUGGGAUGAUGUGAAAAACAUUAAGAAAACUGGUUUUGGCCGACAACAAAUAAUUAAAGACUCGUUUUACAGAAGAAAAGGCGUGGAAAGGGACCCUGAUUGGUAUAAGGAGCCGGCUCAUAUCAGCCCGACUUUUUGCAAUACUUGCCACUGA